UCAGACGCGAGCGGGAGUGACGAGGACAAGCAAGUGGAUUUGACUUUAUAGGAUUUCUCAUCAUCGUGCGUGGAAGAACUUGAGAGAAAGGAAGCCCCGGCACCAUGGACUCCGAUACCAGCCGCGUGUCCAGCAGACCGUCCUCCCCGGAGGUGGACGACAUCUUCAUGGCCACCCUGAAGAAGUCCGUGCACGGCUUCUCCGGGGCGGUGUCGUCGACGCAGAGCGACCCGGCGGACCUGGCCGGCCUGGCCUCGCUGCGCGGCCUGUCGGAGGAGGAGGCGCUGCUGCGUCUGGCCAAGAAGGACCGCAAGCUGCUGUCCGAGAACGAGCUGCAGUCCAUCCGCCUGAAGAUCAACAGCCGCGAGAGGAAGAGGAUGCACGACCUGAACGUGGCCAUGGACGGCCUGCGGGAGGUCAUGCCCUACGCGCACGGCCCCUCCGUGCGUAAACUCUCCAAAAUCGCCACCUUGCUGCUGGCGAGGAACUACAUCCUGAUGCUGAGCAACUCCCUGGAGGAGAUGAAGCGGCUGGUCAGCGAGAUCUACGGCAGCAGCGGCCACCACGCCGGCUUCCACCCGUCCGCCUGCGGCACCAUGACGCACGCCGGGGCCGUGCCGGUGCCGGGGCACCCGGGCGCGGGGGCGCACCCGGCGCACCCCGGGGUGCACCACCCGCUGCUGCCGCCGGCCGUGUCCGUGUCCAGCGCGUCCCUGUCCUCCGCCCCGGGGAUCUCCGCCGUGACGUCGGUCCGGCCCCACCACGGACUGCUGAAGGCGCCGGGCCCCGCGGGGCCCCUGGGCGCGGGGCCCCUGGGCGCCGGGUUCCAGCACUGGGGGGCCGUGGGCGCCGCCGGCAUGCCGUGCCCGUGCAGCAUGUGCCAGGUGCCCCCCCCGCAUGUGUCGGGCAUGAGCUCCGUGGCCAUGCCCAGGCUGACCAGCGACUCCAAAUGACUCCCCAAAUGACGGAACUUUGUCAGGGAUUAUUUGUACAGACUCCACCGUGACGCGUUUAUUUAUCUUUGUUUUGCUGAAUCCGUUGCGUCAGCGGAGAAAAGUGAAAAGAACCAAUGCAUUGUUUUUUUUUUCCUUACUGGACUCUCAAAGUUUUGCAACUAACUUAGUGUUACAUGGUAAUUAACCUCUGUUGUAAAACGUGUUCCUUCACUGAGCUCAUAAAGCUGCAGCGCUGCAGCUUAUUACUGGAAAUGCAGACAUCUGCACCAAGUCUUGCUGCAGAUGUCUGCAUUUCCAGUAAUAAGCAGAUGUUGUUUAGUUGUUUUCUCGAUUCUUCUGGAAAAAGAUGGAAAGGUUUCCGACCAAUUUAGAGUGUAAAUAUGUAGAUGCAUUUUUUUCUGUUUGAAUAGUCGGAGAUAUUAUAUAUUAGAGUCUUGGUAAUGUGUGGGACGACUCCCCUCAUCACAUGUUGCACCUGCUUCCGCCUUCAUUCAUUCACUCUGCCUUUUCUUUUAAAUUCUUUUCUGCUAUUUUCUUCCACAUUAGAUUGUCAUUCACUGCCUGACGCAAACAAUGACCACUUCUUUAUUUUUUUAAUAAAAAAAAGAAAAUAUUUAUUUACUUAUUUGAAAUUUCAAAAUGAAUCUCUGGUAAUGUUGGGGUUUAAAAUGUAAAAUAAAAGUAAAUAAUUCAAAAGGGCCAACAGUUUGUUGUGUGAUUUUUUCUUCUUUUUCUUUUAUUUGUUUUGUAAAAUGAAAAUGGAAAUAUAUGACAAACCACUUUGGAAAAGACAGCUCAUCAACAGCUUGGAAGACCAGGGAUCCAGCUCCAAUCAAGCCUUAGCAACGGGUUUAUAGAAUAAAUGAACACAUUUAAGCUGAAAAGUUAACAGAUUUUAUGCUUUAAAACAAGUCUUACAUGUAUUUUUAUUGCAUGUAAGUAAACAGAAGAACACAGUCAGUCUCUUUUUAA